AUGUUUGUGGAAAAGUUUGAAAAUAAUGAUGAGGAGAUUCAAGUAAGUGUUUGCUCAGGUUGCGAUCAAUCAAUUUACGCUCCUGCCUACAAAUGCUCUGACUGCAACUUCUUCCUUCACAAGUCGUGCGCCGAGUUAUCCACAGAAAUACAACACCCUGUGCAUCCAAGCCAUACCCUCGUUAUCCAAAAACCUUCAGAGUCUAAAUUUUGUUAUGCCUGCCGUAGGGACUGCGACAGAUGCAUCUUCUACCACUGCAAUAGUUGCGAUUUCGAUAUCGACAUCGCAUGUGCUUCCAAUUUGCGAAGUAAUACUGACGACGGUCACCAACACGAAUUCAUUCCCAUCCUUCAACGCAUCCACUUCACUUGCGAACUCUGUGGUGAUGAGGAUCGCAACAGCGUUGCCCAGGUAUGUCGCAUUUGUCAACUCUUGGCUCACACUUUUUGUACUCGGAUGCCACGUACCAUCAAAAUUAUGGCAGAUCGUCAUUUGCUCACUCUCAUCCAUUUACUUGCUAAAGUCAUCAAGGAGCACCACGAUCUCCCAGUCUGUAACCUCUGCUAUAAACGGAUCAACCUCAAGUAUGCGGGUUAUUAUUGUCAACGAUGUGAUUUCGUAGCCCACUUGAAAUGCGCACUGAAAAAUUCAAUUGGUACCAUAGACGACUCAAGCAUAGAAGAGGAGGGUAUCGACUUUGAAGAGGGUGAAGAACUUGAGGAGCUCAAGCAUUUCCAUCAUGAUCAACAUAACUUAUUCCUCAGCCGCAACCAAGUGGAGGUUCAUCAUGAACAUAAGCUGUGUGAAGGUUGUGUGAAAUCAAUUUCUGCUCCAUUUUAUAGUUGUCAGCAAUGCAAUUACUUUCUCCAUAGCAAAUGUGCUAGACUACCCCGAAAGAAGCGGCAUCCAAAACACCCACAUCUGCUUACCCUCUCCGCAAGGGCAAGGGUAAACUACGACGUUGACGGCCUCAUACGUUGCUAUGCUUGUGAUCGUACAAGCCAUGGCUUCGGUUAUAUGUGUCACGUGUGUACCUAUAGCAUUGACAUCCGAUGCUCUUCAAUUUCGAGAACCUUUAGACAUGAAGUUCACCAGCACCCUCUCUUCCAUGAUGUGAUUUCUGGUAAAAAGUGCAAUGCUUGUGAUAGGCCAGAUACGCCAAACUAUAAUGACAAUGGUGGUGUAUUUGUAUGCACCGAAUGCAAUUUUGUCUUGGGUUUUGAAUGUGCAACACUCCCACUUAAAGCUAAGUAUGAAUAUGACCCACAUCCCCUCUUGCUCACUUGUGUUGCGAAAAACGAUUCUGAAGAAUAUUAUUGUUUAAUUUGCGAAAAAGAAAGAAAUCCAAAUCAUUGGUUCUAUUACUGUGUAGAAUGCAACUUUACUGCUCAUCCUCAAUGCGUAGUUGGGAGCGAUCCAUACAUCAAGUAUGGAAGGACUUUUGAUCAUGAAUGGCACCAACACCCUCUCACUUAUGCCCGAAGAACUGAAGACGUCUCUCGUCCAUGUGAUGCUUGUGGUCGAACUUUUAUGAAAAAUUGGGGACUAAACUGCACACAAUGCGAAUCCUUUAUCCAUUUCAAUCGGGCGUGCAUGUUUGGAUACAUAGAGAAUAAAAUAACUUCUUAGAGAAAUAUUACAGCCGGCCAUAAAGAGAUUUCGAAGUCAUUCAAAGUUCGACAUUAAUAGAGCUCAGAAACUCAUCCACUCUCCCAAACAACAGAAGAUCAAGCCCCAUCGUCAGCCUCCAACUCACAUGGUCUUUGUCAUUGGCGUGAAUCAAACCCCAUACGAUCGAUGAUCAUCAUUGAAUUGUAUACAGGUAGGUACUGUGAGGUCACAUUCUAUGGCCAUCAAAUUGCUUAUCAAAUGAUGAACAUUUGAUUACUUUUUUUCAUGCGUUUUUUAAUGUAUUGUUGUUGUUGUUCUUUUGUUC